CUGUGGGCGGGGCGGGAGCGCGGAAAUGCCGCGGUGCUCGGGGCAGCAGAGGUAGCCUCAGGGUGGCGGCAGCCCGUGUGCGAGCCGGCAUCCUCCUCGCCUUGCUCGUCGGUAGUGCCGUGAGCAUCCACCCGGGGCCAUCGCUGUACCUGGGCUACGCCUGCUGCCGCCGGGAGGAUGGCACAGCCGGUGGGGGAGACGCGUGCCUGCGCCGCGGCAGCCGGAGGUGACGGCGAGGAGCUGAACGGCAGGAAGGUGGCUCUGAUCACCGGCAUCACUGGGCAGGAUGGCUCGUACUUGGCUGAGUUCCUGCUGGAAAAAGGCUACGAGGUGCAUGGCAUCGUUCGUCGGUCUAGUUCUUUUAAUACAGGCCGGAUUGAACAUCUCUAUAAGAACCCACAGGCUCAUAUUGAAGGAAACAUGAAGCUGCACUACGGUGAUCUUACAGACAGCACCUGCCUGGUGAAGAUCAUUAAUGAAGUCAAACCGACUGAGAUAUACAACCUGGGAGCUCAGAGCCAUGUCAAGAUUUCUUUCGACCUAGCAGAAUAUACUGCUGAUGUUGAUGGGGUUGGCACUUUACGGCUCCUAGAUGCCAUUAAGACCUGUGGCCUUAUCAACUCUGUGAAGUUCUACCAAGCUUCCACCAGUGAACUUUUUGGAAAAGUGCAAGAAAUCCCGCAAAAGGAGACCACCCCUUUUUACCCAAGAUCGCCUUACGGAGCAGCAAAACUCUAUGCCUACUGGAUUGUGGUGAACUUCAGAGAGGCCUACAACCUCUUUGCUGUGAAUGGCAUCCUCUUCAAUCAUGAAAGCCCCAGGAGAGGGGCUAACUUUGUUACUCGAAAAAUUAGCCGAUCAGUAGCAAAAAUUCACCUUGGACAGCUGGAUUGUUUCAGCCUGGGUAAUCUGGAUGCCAAGAGAGACUGGGGCCAUGCCAGGGACUACGUUGAGGCCAUGUGGCUGAUGUUGCAAACAGAUGAGCCUGAAGACUUUGUCAUAGCCACUGGGGAGGUCCACAGUGUCCGUGAAUUUGUGGAGAAGUCAUUUAAGCACAUCGGGAAAACCAUUGUGUGGGAAGGGAAGAAUGAAAAUGAAGUAGGACGAUGCAAAGAGACUGGCAAGAUUCAUGUGACAGUCAAUCACAAGUACUACAGGCCAACUGAAGUGGAUUUUCUGCAAGGGGACUGUACCAAAGCCAGGCAAAAGCUGAACUGGAAGCCGAGAGUCACGUUUGAUGAGCUGGUGAGGGAGAUGGUGGAUGCCGACGUGGAGCUCAUGAGGAACAACCCCAAUGCCUGAUCCCUGGCUGGGCCCAACAGGAGUCACAGGGGUGACCCAUACCAGAGGUGCACUCCACAACCAGCACCACCAUGAGCCACCAGGGUGGGUGGCCAGCCGUCUGCCUCGCCCUGUGAUGGUUUUACUGCUGGCCUGACUGUGUGUGAAAGCCCAGUUUUAUCCUCCACCCUCAACACACUCCCUGUGCCUCUCACCCCACACAUCAUCCCAGGGUCAGCCCUGCCUGGGCUAACUCUGGCUUUUGCCAUUAACUGGGGAAAGGUCACCCUGACUGAUACUGCACAUGAAGUACUGAUCAGCCAACAAGCCUACUGAUUUCCUUUUUUUAAUUAAAACUCAUCAAUUAGCUAGGACUUCCAGUGAAUUUUUAGUACUUUCUUCUAUCUGAAAAACAAAAGCAUCCCCUGCUCUCCACCCUGCAACCUCCCCUCUCUUCCAGCAACAACAGAAGCAAACCUCUGCUGUUAGCAUGGGCUCACCAUCCCUCCAGCCCUUGCUCCACAGCUUCCCCUCUUCUGCCUUUCCUGAACACUCCUUGUUUUCCUUUCCUGCAGCCCUGCCUCCACCCCAGUGGCCCAUUUCCACCACUUGAACUCUGUAAAAGUUUGGAUAACUUGAUGUAACUCGCGGUGAAAUCGCCUCUUGACCAUGCCGAAUUAAUUCCUAAUUGCUGGAAUUGCUUUCAAACCAGUCAGAGAGGGCUUGUAAGCAUUUUUCAGAUCUUCCUUUCAGAGUGUGCAUGAGUCACAGAAAGCCUUUUUGUCCUGCACCUUCUCGAUCUAGGGAUUUAGGGUGUUUUGGGUUUUGUCCCCCCCCAGAAUCAGCCCAUACCCCUUCUGUCCUAUUCCUGCUUACUAUAAUUAGUCUUCGGAUGGGAGCUUGAAUCAUCUCAAAAGAUGAAUUGAGGAAUUAAAACAAAAUAAAUAAAAAAGCUUAAAAAAAAAA